CCCAACGCGUCCGCGCUGUUCAGCAGCAGCACACUGUGGUGACAGAUCAGCGGGGCGGUGCGCACAGCUGGACAACGCUACACUAUAUAUUCAUCCACCCCAACAACAAAAACAACAACAACGACGACGACGAGUACAGGGUGGUUACGCAUCCCACCAUUUCACAGAGUAACACCAACUUCGCCGUCCUGGCGUGCUGACUCUGCGUGGCUGCGGGACCGGGAGAACCGGGAACUCGAGGAACUAAAAAACCGCCACGGUGCCUGCAGAUUGUCUGUUAGGUGCUGUGUGUCAUUGUUGCUUGCGGAAGCACAAAGGCGUUAUUCUCCUCCCCUCUCCGCCGGCCCCAACCCCCCCCCCCCCCCUCCAGAGGAACACUGCAAGUGUUGGUAACUUUCCCAGCGCAUCAUCGAUCGAGGACAUCCCGCCCACUUUGCCUCUGAUCCACAGCGCUGGAGAAGAGGGAGCCAGUCCUGCAGCCGCUGCGGUGGAUGGAGGAGCAACGACGGCCACAUGGUUCAACUAGAAGCGCUGCUUUGACACCAACCCGACGCUCCCCUUGCUCUGCCCGCCUGCUGUAGCCCGAAAAGAAAAGCAAUCAUUUAAACCUCCAUUAUUUCAACUGCCAAUCUGCAGCCGCUUGGAUCUCUUUUUUCUGGGAGCGGGGAGCCCAGGUUCUACUUCGUGCAAACUGCGCCGGCUAAAAGGAAUCGCCGCAGACCUAAACAUUGAUGCUUUGGCACGGAGGAGCGCAACGCCGAUCCUCUAGUUUUGCCAAAGUCUCCCACUGCGCCGCGAGGGAGGAAGACUAGCUCGGGGUUUUCCGAAGUGGGAUUUUUUUGCAGAAGUUGCAUGCUCGGUCUUUGUCGUCUCGAGUGAGCACCCCCCCCCCCACACAACCCCCUAGUCCCGCAUCCACUCUCAGGUUAUCAGACGAGAUCCGGAUAGUUUGAGGAGGCGCCAUGGCGAUGCGUGCGGGGAUAUGGAUAUUCCUAGUGGCGCUGCACGUCCAAGCUGGCAACGGGCAGAUGGUGCAGAUGGACUCCAGCAAAUCGGGCUUUGUGGGCUCACAAGUGGAGCUGCGCUGCAUCUUCAUCAACAGCAACCCGCCGGUUAAGAUCUCCCAAGUCACCUGGCAGAAGCUCCUCAACGGCACCAAGCAGAACGUGGCCAUAGCCAACCCGGCCCUCGGCGUGUCCGUCCUGCCGCCCUUCAAGGAGCGCGUCACCUUCAAGCAGGCGGCGGUCCGCCACCGCACACCCUCGCUGGAGGACACCACCAUUGUGUUCUCCAACCUGCAGCUGUCUGACGAAGCUGCCUACAUCUGCGAAUACACCACGUUUCCUGCGGGAAACCGGGAGAACAUGGUCAACCUCACUGUAUUUGCUCGGCCCAUGACACGCAUGACCUUGACAACGCCCACGAUUGUGGCCAGGGCCACGAAACGCAAGAUGACCGUCGCCACUUGCAUGUCAGCCAACGGGAAGCCCACUAGCGUGAUCAAAUGGGACACCAGGUUGAAGGGCGAGGCCACUUUCCAGGAGACGCGCAACCAGAACGGGACGGUGACGGUGCGCAGCAACUACGUGGUGGUGCCGAGCCGCGAGACCCACAAGCAGAAGCUCACGUGCAUCGUGACGUACCGGAGUGAACGGAUCACAGACAGCGUGGUGCUCAACGUGCAGUACGAACCGGAGGUGAAGAUCGACGGCUUUGAUGGAAACUGGUACCUGAAACGUCCGGAUGUUCAGCUGACCUGCAGGGCUGAUGCCAACCCCCCUGUCACCAUCUACCAGUGGAAACUCUUGAACGGCUCCCUGCCCAGCAAUGUGGAGAUCAAGAACAACACCCUUUUCUUCAAGGGGCCGGUGACCUACGACCUGGCCGGCACGUACGUCUGCGACGCGACCAACGGCAUCGGGACCCGCCCCGCCGUCGUGGACGUCAACAUCACAGAAUUCCCUAACAACUCGCUCCCUGGGGGCCCAGAGAUCCCGCAGGAGCAACACAAUACAGGUGCCAUCAUCGGGGGCGCUGUAGUGGGAGUGGCCCUGUUGGGCGUGGCGGCCAUACUGCUCUUCGUAUUCCUGCGCCGCCGCCAGCGCACCUUCAAGGGGGACUACAGCACCAAGAAACACGUGUUUGGUAACGGGUACAGCAAGGCCGGCGGCCUGCCCGUUCACCCGCCCAUGCCCAAGAACCUCCAGUACCCGGACGACUCCGACGACGAGAAGAAGCCCGCCCAGAUUGGCGGCCCCAGUGGGUUUGAGGCGAGCGAGCGCGAAUUUGACGGAGAGCAAGAGGACCUGAAGAGGCCCUAUUUCACCGUGGACGAGGUGGAGAGCCGAGAUUAUGACGAGCGGACUCUGGCUUUCCAGUAUGACCCUCAACCUGAGAUAGCCGACGAUAUGAUCUCUCAAACCGACGGCUCUGUCAUUUCUAAGAAAGAGUGGUACGUGUAGUGGCAUGCAGCAACCAAACCAAACCCUUUGACCCCCCCCACCACCUGCAUUCCACUGCACCCUUCACCUCCAUCACGACCCUCCCCGUGCCCCUCCCAUUCGUCAAACUGCACCCUUCACAGUCCCGUUCCUCUUUUGGUCUACCUAGUACCCCCUCCCCCUCCCCGCACCCACAUCAUUCAACUAAUCUCAAUUAGAAAAAAAAACAAGUGUCUAUUUAAAGUGCUAGCAACGUCAACUUCUCAACAUGACAGCAUUGGUAUCAGUUCCAUCAGGUGAACGGGAAAAGAGUACGGACUAAGGUAUGUAAGUGGACCCGUCCUAACGGACACGCGGGUCCAUCAGUACUGGUGUAAUAUUAUUUGUGUGCAUUUCCUCAUGUUAUAAAUGUAUUAAAUGUGUAAAAAGAGAUUGCAGGUUGAGGUUUUUGCCGAGCACACUUGUGAAAGUCCUACACUGGAUGUGCGAUCUGUUUUUCUUUGGGUUUUUUUUUAAUGACCAUUGCCGUUUUUGUUAUUUUUAUAAUGUCUUUUUGUAUGAUUUUUGAGUGACCAGAGAAUUGAGAGUUCAAUGUUUGAAAUGAUUACAGGUGGAGUUGUAAGUGUUUGUAACUGUGUGGUCAGAUGUUUAAGAGAAAGGAAAAAAGAAAAAAAGCAAGCCACACAGCACCUGUACCAUUUCUCCCGUUUCGCACUGGGGUUAGCGUCCAUGAAAUGACUAAUUUUUGUAUAUUCACAGCAUUGAAAGCAGAUGUGUGAUUGCUGUUUUUCCAAAGACACGCUUAGUCCCUCUUGAACCCCCCACCACCACUACCCUUGUAGGCUUGGUUUGUUUGUUUACAGAGAGCGAAUCAGUCUACAGAGCCAGGCAGACGAAUAUUGAGCGUUUUCAAUAUUGUCCCCAAAUGUCAGUCACAUCUAAUUAGUUUCUACAUCAGUGAAUCUGAAUAAACGGGUAGGGGGGGAGAGGAGGAGAGAGGACUUCAACAGUUUUCACUUUUUUUCUUCAGUAGUGCAUCGCAGUCGCGUCCAAAAGAGGUUUUGGUGAGUCUCCGUGUCCACAGAAACCUUCGAUAAUGCUCUGAAAUGUGAUGAUUGUCAUUUGACUUGAACAGGUUGGCCUUUGUACACCAUCGUACCACUAUAAUGAAACGUCUUUUUUUGUGCGUGUGUGAGUGUGUUGAGUUGUCCUAAUUUUAUCAAAUGGAUGUUAGAGAAAAGUGACCGUGGAGUUUCCCAAUAAUGACUCUGUCUCACCUUUAUGAUUGUGUGACCCCCCCCCCCCCCACACACACACACACCACCACCACCACACACACGCUCUACGCUUACACCAACAGCAUUUCUAUGAGUCGUCGUCCAUGGGUUUGGGUGAUGUCCACAGAUGCUUAUAUUUGCAUCCUUGGGGGGGAAAAAAAGCUUUUUAGCAUGUAAAGGGAAUAAAGAACAUGAAGGUGGCCAUGCUGGAGUUUAAGAGGUCACUUGCUGCUUUCAUUAGUUUUUCCAUCUAUUAUUUUUUUCCUUCAGAAUUUUAUAUAAAAAUAAUUUCAGUUUUCAUCUGACUCCACGGCUGUCAGGAGGCAGAAAGGUCCAUGACAGAAUAAUUAGCAAAAAAGCAUUUGCUUAAAAAAAGAAGAACAAACGUCGGAAGCAAAAGAGUAAAUCCGUGGAUAUAAACGAUAUAAAUACUAUAUCAAGCCAUUUUCUUUGUGUGUGUGUUACGUCGCUAUUCUUUCUGUAUUGAUUCCAGUGCGUGUUUGUCCUCAUUUGCAGCUUAAGUAUGCAGUAUUGACAGAGGUAUGAGUUUAUGGCCACGCAGUACCCAGGAUCAAUAUUGCAGUUAACUCAUAUAAAAAGUAUAUAAAUAUAUAUAAAUGAAAAAAUAACAUCUCUGUCUACUGUAUCGUUUUAGAUGAGCAUGUUACUCACGAGCCUCAAUUAAUAUUGUACUGUAUUGUACAAAAUUGACAUUGCAAAAGGGGAAAAUAUCACGUUCUGAUUUUUUUUAAAAAAGAGUCUGAUUUCAGUUUAGUUUUCUACUGCCUUAUUAUUUUUUGGUUCAGUGUAACCACGACAGUUCUUACAACGUACAUAAGGUUUGCAACAGAAAGCAUCAGAGUGGGAAAACCACAGUUGCAGGGUUGCUUCAUGCAAAUCACAAUUAGAAUGCCUUUUAGUUUAUUGUUCACCUGUAGGUGAACUGAAUUGCUGUAACUUUGAGAUUUCUCAGUUUGCUUGCGGCAGCAUAACGGAGACAAACGUUUUUAAUCUUUUCUUCUUGCAUUCAGUGCCUAUCGAAGUCAGAAGUCAGAGCAGUUGCUGCUCCACCGUUUAAGUUAUUCACGCCGUAGAAUGACCUCAUCGAGUAAUAUUGAGAUGUGACAUGGACUGCAAAAUCAGAAAAAUGAUGGUUCUUUACUUGCAGUGAGUUGUAGGUAAUAUCGUGGGGCUCCAGCACAAUGCUAACAAGGUGUCUGCACUUGAUCUUUAAAUCAAUUGAUCUCUUAAAGCUGUAUCCAUUACCAUUUUAAAGUUUAAUGACGGCUUAAUGGUGACACAGCACUUUUUUCUUUCCUUCUCCUCCGCCCAGUCAAUACUGGAUACUUUAAGUCCUAAAGAGAUCAAACUUUCGCCAUUUAGUCGCACAUCGCUGGCCUGUCUAAGCACAACAAUUGAAACACUAAUAGAGUGAAAAGAGAUUUAAAUGAAAAUGUUAAAACGUAGCCCAAAGGAAAGAUCAACUUGACCCCCGCACACCACACAAACACACUUUUUAAAGCACAAGUUUAAGGUUUCAUUGUACGUUAUGAAACCACUGCCACACCUGCUUCUAACACAUGUUGGAGGAAGAGAAACCUUUCAGUUGGGGGUUGACGUUCUGUAUACUGGUAGAUUUAAACAUUGUCUUCAUGUUGUCGGGGUGUUGUGAGAUCCUAUUUUGUAAUACUGAGUGUAACUCCAUUCCAUCCUAAUCUACUUUUUGUAUUCAGUAUGUUCAACAUUCCACUGUAAAUACUGUACAUACGUUUGAGAUUAUAGUUGGGAUUUAUUUAGGAACAACUGCGUAGGGACCCUGUUCAUGUAAAAUAUACAUAUUUUGACUACAAGCCUAUAGACUCGAUGAUGGCUAGAUGAAGCCGAUAGCUUAUUUCCAAAGCCCCACUUAGAAAUGCUCCCGCGGUACGUUUUUGAUAUGCCACUAGCGGCUUCGCUGUCAUACAACAGGGGGGACGCAUACAGUUUGUCCAUGUAAUGUUAUUGAAAGAAAAUCUAAAAGAAAGAAAUUGUUUGUAGGCAGCCAUGUGAAUGUAUAUUUCUGAGGGUGUUACAAAUAUGAAAAAAAAAAAAAAAAUCUCUUGUUCAAUUGUGAUGACCCAGUGAAGUAACUUGUAUUUGUUUUAAGCAUUAAAUGAGUUCAAUAGUCAGCGAUGUUCUGUGCCAAUUUUACUGAUUGGAUAGAUGGGUGUUAUCUGAUUGAAUAUUGGGUUCACGUCUGCAACACAUUUCUUGUCACUGUGUAUUGGUCUUGUUAGUUGAAGCUCUUUCCCAAUAGCUUUGCUCGCCUCAUGCAGGUGCUUACUCGGUUUUAUUUUGCAGCCUCAUCACUUCCUGUGACAACAUGUUUUCGCUCCCCACUCGUCAAAUACCGACUCUUGAUCACUGGCCCCAAGUGUCAAACUGUGACGCUCUCGGUACCCCUCUAGAGUCCAUUUUGGAUGUUUCAGGGUCAGGCAUUUUUGUUUCCACUCAACUUGCAUCGUGUCUUUUCAAAAUAUACCUCCGUCUUCACAAGAAGUUAGGUCAAGGCAACAAAACCGCUUGGUUAGGGGAAAGAAGCGCGGUUGACGGUAACUUGACUGACUCACUAACAUUUAGUGUGGUUAGCAAAUUAGUUCAGACAUGACAAAAGCCACUCAUGUGAUUAGCGGGUGCCAAACGAGUCACGUGAAAACACUGUGAGCGUUCACACGGGACAAAAAAACACAUUCCUGGAAGAAAGUCAGUUGUUUUUUGUUUUUUUUGUUGGCGUGAUGCCAAUUUUUUACCCCUCCCCCCCAUCUGUCACCCAGCCAAGCGUUGGUAUUUGACGAGUUGGAAGUGAGGCCGAUGAUAUUUAAAUCCAAAUGUUGCUCUUCUUCCAUACAGCCAUUGGACAGCCACCAUUUUAGACACGUUGCACCAUUCAGCAUUCAGCUCUCAGAAGGCUAAACAGGCCCAGGAUGAAUAUCUCUUACGCUCCGUUGUUCGCUCUAGAUUUCAUGCCUGAACAUGAGACCAAUCUGAUGAUGAAAGUAACACAAUCAGACAUGGUGAGGAAAUGUCUUGUAAUGUGAACACCUUCUGUCCUACAGGUGUGGAAGGUGUACCUUUACCACAUGUUGCCAAAACAGCUUAAGCCAGUGAGAAAAAGGUUUACGGUGUUGUAACCUUAUCAUUUCACGUGGGGCCAAGAUAGAUAAAGGGACGCGCACACGGUAUAUAACACAGUCUGCAGUGGUUAUUACUGUACCUUUUUAAAUGUGCCUUUUACCCUUUUUAAUUGGAGAGCGAAAACUGUCAGACAGAUGUUGGUAUUGAGUUCAGUGCUUAAUGAAGCUACAGUGAUAUGAUGAGAGCAGCCCAGUGUAGAGCCAGACAGAUCUGUCUCAGACUGUGGGACUCGAGUGCAGACAUCUGCACCGUGCACAUUAAGAACAGCCCAGAGUUUGCAGCUGUUGCCAUCCAUUUCCUAAAAGAGCUCUUUGUAGCCCUUGGGGCUUUGAUGGCACAUAGGCUUUUAACAUGCAUGGCCAUCCGUUUUCUUUUUUCUUCCCCAUCCUUUCAGCUGCUCUAGCUUGUAGCUGUGUAUACGGAUCCAUGUACUGAUAUAAAAGAGGGGAAAUAUCUCUGAUUUCUUCAAGUGUUUCAUUUUAAGAUAUAUAUUUGUUGGACUCUCCUGUCUGAGUUCUGAAAUGUUUUUCUCAGUACGUAUUGUUGCUGCAACCUAACAUGUGUCAC